AUGGAUUCAGCGAGGAGCUGGUUUACCAAGCUCCAAACGAGGGAGAAAUCCAUUGGAAAGAAGAAGGAAUUGCCUCCCAAUGGCAAGGAAUCCGGCGAUGAUGCGCCAUCGAGUGCAACCAAGCAGAGGGUUGGGGCGGCCAAGCAGUACAUUGAGAAACACUACAAGGAGCAAAUGAAGCAUCUGCAGGACAGGAAAGAAAGACGGUGUAGUCUAGAAAAAAAAUUAGCAGACGCUGAUGUGUCCGAAGAGGAGGUUCAUAACAUCCUGAAGCAGUUUGAGAAGAAAGAGACGGAGUACAUGCGCUUGCAAAGGCAUAAAAUGAGCGUCGAGGAUUUUGACUUGCUAACAAUGAUAGGCAAGGGAGCAUUUGGUGAGGUCAGAGUCUGCAGAGAGAAGACCACAGGAAAUGUCUAUGCGAUGAAGAAGCUUAAAAAGUCUGAAAUGCUUCGUCGAGGUCAGGUUGAGCAUGUCAGAGCUGAAAGGAAUCUUCUUGCCGAAGUGGAUCACCACUGCAUUGUCAAACUGUAUUGCUCAUUCCAGGACAGUGAGUACCUGUACCUGAUCAUGGAGUACCUCCCAGGAGGCGACAUGAUGACCCUGCUCAUGAGGAAAGACACGUUGACUGAAGAUGAGGCCAGGUUCUAUGUUGGCGAGACAGUUCUUGCGAUCGAAGCGAUCCACAGGCAUAACUACAUCCACAGAGAUAUCAAGCCUGAUAACCUGCUACUGGAUAAGUAUGGUCACUUGAGACUGUCAGAUUUUGGAUUGUGUAAACCAUUAGACUAUUCCAACUUCCCAGACCUGAAUGAAAAGGACGUUACGCCUACAAAAUCAUCGUCGAUGCAUGGGGAUGGGAAGCAGCAGUCGAUGCCAAAGCGCUCGCAGCAAGAACAAUUGGAGCACUGGCAAAAGAAUAGAAGAACUUUGGCUUACUCAACUGUUGGAACACCAGACUACAUCGCUCCAGAAGUUCUUCUGAAGAAAGGCUAUGGGAUGGAAUGUGAUUGGUGGUCCCUUGGUGCUAUCAUGUAUGAAAUGCUAGUGGGUUAUCCUCCAUUUUAUUCAGAUGAGCCUAUGACAACCUGUAGAAAGAUAGUAAAUUGGAGAACACAUUUGAAAUUUCCUGAAGAAGCGAGGCUAACAGCAGAUGCGAAAGAUCUCAUAAGUAAACUACUUUGCAAUGUCGACCAACGCCUUGGGACAAAAGGCGCAGAAGAAAUAAAGGAGCAUCCCUGGUUCAGUGGAUUAGAAUGGGACAAACUAUAUGAAAUAGAAGCCGCGUAUCUGCCUCAAGUCACAGAUGAGUUGGACACUCAGAACUUUGAGAAAUUUGAAGAGUCCUCGGAUAACGUUCAGUGUUCAGCAAAGACGGGCCCUUGGAGAAAGAUGCUUUCUUCAAAGGAUUUGAAUUUUGUGGGCUAUACCUACAAGAACUUUGAACUUGUGAACGAUCACGAUGUCCCCGGCAUGGCUGAGCUGAAGAAGAAGGAGAAGGCAAAGCGACCAAGCGUCAAAUCUCUGUUUGAUUCACCUGAAGGAGGAGAGGGAGAGGGAGAGGAGGCGCAGCAGCCUGAAGACGAAGCAGCCUCUGCCGAAGGAAGCGUCCGGAAACCAGCAACAGAGCCUGAACUGACCAGAAGCAUCAGCUCGCCAUCCACAUGA